AUGGCCUCUACAUCAGAACUGAUUCAAGACCUUCAGAAAGAGCUCAUCUGCUGCAUAUACAGGGAAUACUUCACAAACCCAGUGACCAUUGAAUGUGGCCACAAUUUUUGCCAUAGUCGCCUCAGUAGUAGCUGGCAGCAAGGUCCAACCCCUUUCUCCUGUCCAGAGUGCAGGAGUGUCUCCCAGAUGCAGGAUUUUCAAGUCAACGUGCAACUUGGUAAAUUGGCAGCCUUUGCCAAAGAACUAAGACUCCAUUAUUUGCAGUACCCUGAUGGACAUGACAAGUGUGAGGUACAUCAGAAAUUGGAGACGCUAUUCUGUGAAGAUGACCAGAGGCCAAUCUGUAUGUCCUGUUCUCAAUCCCAGGAGCAUGAGGUUCACAAACUCUUUUGCAUAGAUGAGGCUGCUGAGAACUUCAGAAAAAUUAAACGCUUUCUAAAUGAGGAGAAGGAUACAUAUCUAUCAAAAGUCGAAGCAGAAACGACAGCCAAUUUCGAAGGCCUGAACAACAGAGUUAAUGCAUUGUUCCUCCAUAGUCAAGAAUUAAGGAAGAGAAGCACAGAGUUAGAGGAGGAGUGUAAGAAACCAGAUCUGGAUUUGCUCCUGGAUAUGGAAGAAGUGUUAAGGAGGAAUGAAUCUGUGCUGCAAAAAAAAAUAGAGCCCCUUCGGAUGACCAUAACUGUCCCUUCCAUUACUGGUUUAAUGAAAAAAAUUUUCAAAUUUAAAGUGAACAUCACUCUGGAUUGCAACACAGCUGACCCAGGUAUCAUCAUAUCCGAGGAUAUGAAAAGUAUGAGAUAUGGAGGUGUCCAAGAAGAAGCACCAGACAAUAAUGGGAGAUUGACAGAUUUUGCGCAAGUCCUUGCUAUUCAGUCCUUUGUUUCAGGGAGACAUUACUGGAAGGUGCAGGUGUCAAAUAACACUGUGUGUUGUUUUGGCAUCUGUAAAAAAAAAUCAAAAGAGUCUCAAGACUUGUUUGUACUUAGAAGUACACUGAAACAUAAUUCUUACUUACUUUAUGCCACAUCUUACCUUAAUCUUUGUUCCCAAGUCCAUAGAACAUACUGCAUGGUGUCAGUGUGCAACUUAAAGGUUGGCAUCUUCCUUGACUAUGAACGUGGAGAGAUAUCAUUUUAUCAUGUGGAAAAUAGAUAUCUAAUUUAUACUUUCCCAACCACUUCAUUUUCAGGACCUCUCAUGCCAAUCGUUAGUCUUUCUAAGAAAGUAUUGACAAAUGAUUCAAAUGAUUAUUCUCUCACAAUCUGUUCCUAA